AUGGACGCAAAGAAGAAAGAACUCAUUGAGAAUAAUACGUUAGCAGAACAGGAGCAUAAGAAGAAGCAAAAGCGAGAAGAUCCAGAUGUUUCUUCCAGAUUGAUUGUUUUUAAUGUUCCAAAGUACUUCACUGAAAAGAAAUUAGCAGACCAUUUCAGGGCUAAAGGAGUUGUCACUGAUUGCAAGAUCAUGAGGAAGGAGAACAAGUCUAGGAAAUUUGCAUUUGUCGGGUUUAAAAAUGAAAGGGACGCCAAAGCAGCUAGAGAAUACUUCAAUGACUCAUAUAUUGAUACUUCUCAAAUCACUGUAGAAUAUGCCAAGACACAACAAGACCCAAACCUUCCUCGUGGGUGGUCAAAAUACACCAAAGGGACUAUGGCUUAUAACAGAAUUCAUGGAGAGGAAGCUAGGGAACGCCGCAAGCCUCAAUCCCAGAUCGAUUCUGAGAAUAAGAGAGAAGUAGAAAACAAGAAAAAGAAGUUCAAAGAGUUCCUAGCAGUCAUGAUGCAGAAAGGCAAAAAGGUAAAGAACCAGUCUUGGAAUGAAUCAUUCAACGAUUUCGUACCCACAGACCAGACCAAAAGCAGAAGACAACGUAAGAAAGAAGAAAAACUCAGAAAAGAGCAGAAGGAAUUUGAAAAGCAAGAGCAAGAAGAGGAACAAGAGCCUGGCCUGAGGAUCGAGAAUCAAGAAGUCACCCAAAAAGGCAAAGGAAUCACUGUGAUAGAGAAGGAAAUUCAUAAAAAGUCUACCAAGUUAGGAGCGAGCAAGUCUAAGCAAGUCCACAUUAAGUUUGGCGAGGAAGCUGAUAUCUCCCAAGCAGCUCAGAAAAUAGAAGAGAUUGCUGAGGAAAUUGAGGAAAAACCUGCUGAGACUAAGAUUGAAGAGGAAGAUGAUGAAGAAAUCGAUGAAAAUAGACUAUACUGCAUGAACCUUCCAUUCACAAUCUUGGAAGAAGACUUAAGAGAAACUUUUGGCAAGUAUGGAGAAAUCGAUGAGAUCUCAAUCCCUAAAAGAAAAGGUGGACUAGGAACUGGCUUCUGCUUCAUACGUUUCAUGGAGCCAGAAUCAGCAGUGAAUGCAUAUGCGAAUCUUGAUAAAAAGUAUUACCAGGGUAGGAAAUUAACAAUCUUACCUGCUUCAAAGAAGAAGGAAAAGCCAGAGCAGGAGCAAAGAUUUGAGCAAGGAAUGGACCAUCCUGAAAACACCCAGAAUUACGAAGAAAAUAAAGAAAUGCCACAAGAGGAGAGAAAGGAGCAUUUCAUUGAUGAGAAAUCAUCAUUCAAGACUAAAAAGAAGAUUCACACCAAGAGGAACUUUGAUGAUGAGACUAACUGGAACUAUCUAUUCUUGAGCCAAGAUGCAGUCACAGAAGCUAUUGCCAAUAAACUAAGCCUCAAAAAGGGAGAUAUCCUCAAUAAAGACGAGGAAAAUAUGGCUGUCAGGGUCGCUAAUAUCGAGACUCAGAUAAUCAAAGAGACAAAAGAGUGGAUGAUGGAGAACGGAAUCAACCUCAAAGCUAUUGAGGGAAAGAACAACAGAAAAGAGCUAACUAGAAGCAAGACUAUGAUCUUGAUCAAGAAUAUCUCUUCUAAAGUAACUUAUGAUGAACUAUCCACCUACGCCCAAACCCAAGACCUAAUAAUCUCCCCCACCAACACCCUCGCCAUCGCCAAGUACAAAUCCGCUUCCCAAGCAGAAGCAGUCAUGAAGAAGCUAACCUACUACCGUCUUCACAACAUCCCUCUGUACCUAGAGUACGCUCCCCAAGUCUUUGAAAAGACUUCAAUCCGAGUAAAUUCUGGUGAAGAUGCUCAAAUGACAGAAGAUACCUCCUCUAAAAUUCCUAAUACAGUCUUUGUUAAAGGUCUUAACUUCGAGACUUCAGAACAGAAAUUAAGGGAACUCUUCGAGAGUGUCAAAUCAGGCAAGAUCCUCUCAACCAAAAUUGUCAAGAACAAGGCAGACGGUCUCCAAUCUCAAGGAUAUGGCUUUGUUGAAUUCGAAACUGAAGAAGGUGCCAAAACAGCCAUGAAAAAGCUGCAGAGCUGUGUCCUUGAUGAUCACAUGUUGAAGCUCAAGCUUGCAAAGAGGGAUACCAGUGAAGCUGAGAAAAAGAAAAGGCUUGAGAAAAUGAAAAGGAAGGAAGACGAAUCCUAUGUGGACAAUGCCGACCUUGCUUCGACCAAACUUUUAGUCAAAAACCUUGCCUUCGAAGCUAAUAAAAAGGACAUCAAAGCGCUUUUCAAGGAAGCUGGCCAGGUCAAGAAAGUCAGACUUCCUAAGAAGGCCAACAGCCAUGAACAUAGAGGUUUUGGAUUUGUAGAAUUUGUUACAAUUGAAGAUGCUAGAAAUGCUUUUGAAACCCUUCAACAUUCCCAUCUCUAUGGUCGUAAACUAGUAAUCCAAUGGGCAAAGAACACAGAUGACAUCAAUAACUUAAAGGACCUUAGAAAUAAGGCUUCAUACCAGCAAGAGACCCUCAAGAGCAGAGGUGACGGGAAUAACAAAAGAAGGAAACUAAAGGAAGGUCCAACUGAAGAUGAUAAUUAA